AUUCAAUUAUAUGUCGGACGAUAUUAUUUUAAAUAAUUUCAUUCAACGGCGGAUCACACGAGAGAUCCUUUUAUUUUUAAAUUGUACAAUUUAAUCGUGGAUCGAGAGACAUUUCAUUCUUCAGAUAGUACGAUUCAACUGUAAGCCGGAUGAUCUUAUCUUCAAAUAAUGAGAUGAGCAACAUGGUUUCUUAUCUGUCAGUAAUAAGAUGGAAUAAUAACAGAUUAACGAAACAUCGAUAUAGAAAUCGGUAGACUAUGAAAAAUUGGAAGGAUAAUUGAUCCUUUGAUAAGAAAAAAUCAAAUCACGUUAAUUCAUUGAUUAAACUCGUUUACUGUAACGGUACUUUCGAUAUUUGGGCGGGCGAUUCGCAGUCAGCUGAUUCGUUGUGAUAUUCCGGUUAUUCUCCAAAUUUGCAUGGAUUUUCUUUGAUAAUGGGCGAAAACGUGCAAGGGACGUUCAUAUCUGAGAAAAUCUCCAAGAUAAGGUGGCAGCAUGGAGAUCUUACAGAGGCAAAGCAUUUCUUAACUGGCAGUUGGGACAACCCGGUAAAUAAAAUAACGUAUUGGACAUUUAGGACAAAUUACGAUGAGGAACCGUCUCCUACAGUUUUAUCAUCAUAUUCAUUUCUAGGGGAUGUUACCGAAUUAAAGUUCAUUAGCAGAGAUUUCUUUGUGGCCUCAUCGUCUUUGGGUUCAGUAAGAUUGCUGCAAAUUAAUGAGGAUGCCUAUACUGAAUUCAAGGAACAUAUGGCAUGGGAAUUUAUUCACAAUUUCAAAAUAACAGAUUAUGCUUCCUGUACCGCGUUAUCUACUUUUGAACAAGAUAUCGCUUCUGUGGGAGAAGAUGGGAAGCUUAAUCUUCUCACAGCUGCGGAGAAGAAGCCAGUUAGAAUUAUUGAAAGUGCCGACAGCUGUUCCAUAUAUUGCGUCGAUUUCUUAAGACACAGUGAAGUGCUAACGGGAAAUUCACGGGGGCACAUGAAGGUAUGGGACUUGAGAAAUGAUCGUGAUGUUCCUGCCACCACCUUUAUGCUUUCUGAUCAGGUCAAGAUAGGAGCUACGAGUAUCACACACCAUCCUACGCAGAGGCAUAUUGUAGUCGCCGGCGGUGGUGACGGUAGUUUAACUGUGUGGGAUUUGAGACAGAAUACUUAUCCGGUAUCGCAACUCAAUGCGCACGUGAAAUCGGUUAGCGAGAUACUCUUCCAUCAAGACAGGCCUGACAAUCUCUUCACUUGUUCCGUCAGCGGGGAGUUAUGGCAUUGGAAUAACGCACAAAGCUCAAAACUGAAACUUGAUUCUACAGAUACGCAUUGGUUGAACACCAUUAGUGCGAAUGGAAAAGUCAAUGUGACUUCAUUGUGCGCUGCUAUGCACAAACCAGUAAACAGUAUUGACAUCGAUAGAUCGACUCUGCUGCUCGGAUGUGACAAUGAAGCCAUGUAUGUUGUCAGAAAUGUACUUAUUUAACACAAAUAAGAUAUAUGUCAUUUUUUACAUUUUUAUUACACUUAAUAAAUAAUUGUAUCAGAGCCUAUCCUUAUUUAUCAGGACUGAUUGAAAUCGAGAAUGAUACAUUUUGAUAACUAUAUUUCUUAUGAUAAAUAAAGAUGUUGUGUACUUUUGUGA